CUGAAGGCGUGGCUACAUCAACAGGGGGCGGAGGAAGGAGAGUAGUGGGGGGAGCGGAGGUAAGGGGAGGGGAAUCGUAGUCGGUCCAUGUCAUGAAUGAACCAUGUUCGGUAACGGAGGCUUAGCUCUCCCGGUUUGCUCCUUUCUUCUGCUACAUCUCCCGGUUCUCCCGCUAACGAACAACUGGCCCGUUAAGGACAGAAGUGAAGGGAGGGUGGAGCAGCGUAACAUCCAUCUACAAUCACACAGCUUUGGAAGUCAAAAUGUCAAACAGACAAGCAGCAAGGAGGAGCUGUUUCAGUGGUGGGGAGAGUGGUCCAGUUGGUCCUCUUGUUCCAGGAGCUGUGGAGGAGGAGUAAGGAGUCAGGAGAGACACUGUCUCAUACAGAGGCUGUCCACCACCCAGAAUGUAAACAGCUCAUAUUGUGUUGGCUCUCCUAAGCAGUACCAGCUCUGUCCAGACCAGCCCUGUCCCAGCCCAAGUGUGAGCUUCAAACAGCACCAGUGUUCCCAAUUCAAUUCAAAAGCCUUCGGAAGAAGACACUAUCAGUGGAUACCUCUUUACCCAGCUGAUUACAUCAGCAUCUCCAAUAAGCCCUGUGACCUGCAGUGUACAACCAUCGGCGGUGAGAGACAGCUGCUAGUCCCCGCCCACGAUGGCACAUUCUGCAGCGAUGCCAAAUACCACGGAGUCUGUAUAGAGGGAAUAUGUCAGCCGGUAGGUUGUGAUGGAGAGCUGUACAGCACUAAGACAGUAGACAGAUGCGGAGUGUGUGGAGGCAACGGGACAUCUUGCCAGCGCAUCUCUGGUUCAUACAGGAAGGCACUCGCACAGUUAGGCUACGUGUUCAUCACCAACAUCCCAGCUGGAGCUUCAGACAUUCAGAUCAUAGAGAGACACAAGACGGAGAACAUCCUGGGUGAGAACCUACAACUUUUUUCAGCCCUUUCAGAUGAGGCUGGUCAUUUCUUCGUCAACGGAAACACUCUGUUUGACAAUCCUCAAAACUUCCAUGUGGCAGGAACUGUGUUUAAAUACAGACGUCCAAGCAAUAUCUUCUCUGCUGGGCUGGAGUAUAUUAUUGCCCAGGGACCAACACUUCAGGGCCUGAAUGUUAUGUACUACAACCUGAAUGGGAAGCUCCCACACAUCACCUAUGACUACACCAUCCCCUGCACAUCUCAUGAUAUUACUGCGGCCAAAAGCAUCACCAGAGGCCCCUCCCACUUACAUCUUAACCUCACCUAUAACGAGGAAAAUGAUAAUGUCAGAGAGGUUCAACUCACAGCGAAGAAUCACAGCAGAGGGAGUGCGACAUCUGUCCAUCACUUCACCGCCCAGCUGGGAGCUGGUGGCCAAUCACAUGUCCAGCUGCAGGACGAGGAUGAGAAGGAAGUAGUGGAGAUUAGGACCCCGAGCCCUCCACCACCCGCCGCCAUGUUGGUCUACAGACCGGCUGAUGUCACCAGUCAUGUGUUCAGCCACAAUGAUGUUGAGGAGCAAGGACUUCCAGUACCGUCUGACUACCGAAGUUCUUCCAACUUGAUUGACGACCCAUCCACUGCUGAUGACAACAUUCUCGUGCUCCCUUUUCCUGGUAGCCAGAGUGUUCAUUCUGCAGCCCAGACAGAAGAUGCCCCCUACCUGCUCCUGGAGGAGUUGCAUUACAACCAGACCCACCCGAACACACACUCCCUCACACAGUCAAACACACACUCUGUUGAACACGCACUCGCCGAUCCACACUCGCCAGCAGAAACACACGUGCCCUCGUUGUCCGCCGCGGACACAGAAAUACGUGCAGACAUUCUCACAGUUACUGACACACACGUUGUCACACACACAGAAACAGAAACUGGCAAACACUCCCAAACACACCCGGCCGUCUUGGUGGAGCUGCAGCAGGUGCCAGCGGUCCAGGCAGCCAACACGGAGAGUAAUGACUUUGAUGAAGGUCUGGACCCAGAUGUUAGCCUGGCAGACAUGUAUCGCUGGAAGGUUUCUGCUUACGCGCCCUGCAGCUCCACCUGUACAGCAGGUAUCACCACUAGCUAUGCCCUUUGUGUCCGAUAUGAUGGUACUGAAGUGGAUGACGGUUACUGCGACUCUCUGACCAGACCUGAGCCCACUCAUGAGUUCUGCACUGGGAAGGAAUGUCCUCCAAGAUGGGAGACCAGUGGUUGGAGCGAGUGCUCUCGAACCUGCAGUGAGGGCGUUCAAUAUCGUACCGUGCGCUGCUGGAAGAUGCUGUCGCCCGGCCUCGACUCAUCCGUCUACGAUUCACUGUGUCUGUCACAUGACCUCCACAAACCAGCCAAUAGGAAGGUGUGCCUUGGCCAGAGCUGCGGACCCCAGUGGGAGGUGUCUGAGUGGUCAGAGUGCUCGGCGCGAUGUGGCUCUUGGGGUGACCGUACUCGGGAGGUUCGUUGCUCCACGGAAAUGAGACUAUGUAACAAGUCUUCUCAGCCAAUAGAAAGUGAGGAAUGUGAAGGGCCGCCCUGUGACAGAAGAUGGACAGUUUCUGACUGGGGACCUUGCUCCGGUGUGUGUGGCGAGGGAAGGAUGGCGCGUGCAGUGACCUGUCGGUCGUCGGGUGGGGUAGUGAUGUCAGAGGAGCAGUGUGACCAAUCACUGCGCCCGCUGGCCAUCUAUCCCUGUGGUGACAGACACUGCGCCCCCCACUGGGUCGAACAGGAAUGGCAACAGUGUAAUGCUACCUGUGGGCGUGGUGCGCGGCAGCGUCGGGUGGUGUGUGCUGGGCUGGAAGCUGGUGUGUUCAAAGAGUUUCCGGACGCCAGCUGUGACCAAAGCAACAAACCAGAGACCAGCUCGUCCUGCUUCCAGAGACCCUGCUCCAAGUGGUUCACCACAUCCUGGUCUCAGUGCAGUAAGACCUGCGGGAGUGGGGUCCAGGUUCGGGAAGUGAAGUGUUACCAGGGGGAGGAGCUGGUCACCAGGGGCCACAGCUGCGACUCCGCCCUCAGGCCAGAAGCCAGACAGAGCUGUGAACUCCAGAGCUGUCCCACAGAAGCACCAGCAGCAGCCCCGGCAGCAUCAGUAGUAGCAGAAGACUCCUGCCAAGACAAACCCACAGCCAACUGUGGCCUGGUCCUGAAGGUGAAACUGUGUUCCCAUUGGUACUACAGAAAGGCCUGCUGCCACUCCUGUAAGGCACCCAGACCCUGAAGUCUCAACGUUCACCUCAAACUCCUACACACACCACUGGUACCAAAGGUCACGUUACACUCUAAAUGGUGCUACACAAAAGCCUGCUGCUAACAACGUAAGGCUUCACGACUCUCAUUUUAACUUCGUAAAGCCGAGUUCAGACCAAAGAUUUGCGACCAGACAAGUUGCAACGUUCUGGUCUGCAGCGUCCAGAAAGCCGUCAGUUUACCCAAAUGCAACUAAACGCGAUGCGUGAUCAUCUGCAUAAAAACAAGUCUUGUAUUUACGUUCUAAGUUCCGACUUCCAGGCUUUAUCAGCUGGAUAUCAUUCGUAGCGUCUUAAAGUAUUAAUUAAGAUCGUGAUAGUUGCCACAGUUGCAUUUCUAGUAGAGAUGAAAUGUGGAGAACAUUUUAUUUCCCUGAUUCACUCCUUUUUUUUUUUCAACGCCGCUCCCUCUCUUCAGUCCCUCUCUAGCUCGCUCAACCACACAC